AUGGAGUAUAGUGGGAGCAAGAAUGAAAUGAAACUCUACUUGAAGAGCAAUGCAGAAGGACACCGCUCACUAGUGCCUUUACAUUGGUUUGGCUUUAGCUAUGCAGCACUGAUUGCUUCUGGUGGGAUCAUUGGCUAUGCAAAAGCAGGUAGUAUGCUAUCCCUGGCUGCCAGGCUCCUCUUCAGGGGAUUAACAGGCCUAGGUGCUUACCAGCUGUCUCAGGAUCUGAGGAAUGUCUGGGUUUUCCUACUUACAUCUGGGACCUUGGCUGGUGUUAUGGGAAUGAGAUUCUACCACUCUGGAAAAUUUAUGCCUGCAGGUUUAAUUGCAGGAGCCAGUUUGUUGAUGGUCACCAAAGUUGGAAUUAGUAUGUUGAAUAGACCCCAUCAGUAGUAAUC